CUCCUUCUUGGUCUACCAUUCCCAUCGAGCCUUGUCUGUAACUAUUACCAAGAGCCGGAUUGAAGCGGAGCGGAGACCAUGGCUUCAGCACCAGAUACCCCUGCUGCUAGCGGUAACCAGAGCGAUGCCGCAAAUGACAGCGGUGGCGUCCGAAAAGUCGAGUAUCUCUGCCUCACCAUCUGCGGCUAUCGCAAGCCCGGCAUGAGCGAGGAGGAUUACCGCCACCACAUGACACAUGUGUCGGCGCCUCUGACCAAGGACCUCAUGGUCAAGUACGGUGUCAAGCGAUGGACGCAGAUCCACAACACCACAGCGACCAGGGCACUCAUGGCAGAGCUAUACGACUCGCAGAUGGCCAACGUGGCCGACUAUGACUGCUUUAGCCAGGUCGUAUUUGAGAGCCUUGAGGACUACAAGCGCAUGAAGCAGGAUCCGUGGUACAAAGAGCAUCUAGUUGGCGAUCAUGAGAAGUUUGCCGAUACCAAGCGUAGUAGGAUGACGAUAGGGUGGAUCACGGAAUACAUACGGGAUGGGCAGGUUGUAGAUGGGUUCAAGCCAUGAGGGGCCUCCUAGAAAGACAUCCACGUUCACCCAACGUUGAAACUGGACUUGGGGCUGCUACUCCAUCAUACUUUGACUCCUUAGAUAGC